AGUUCGUCAACAGCAUCGGAAUCAAAACAAAAUAAACGGCGAUAAAAUAAAGUUCGCUAGUGCUCUACGUGAAAUUUAAAGAAUGGCUUGAAAUGUGAUUAGUAUGACGGCUUGACUGUCCCGCACUGUAAGCACUAAAGCAAAGGGAUAUUCGGGGGGGCGCCGGCCUUCACACGGCAGGGCCGGGUUUCAAAUCCCAUCCAAACCGCCUCCUCGUACGUAGGGCUGUCUACUUUACUACGGAUGUUAGUCUUCUAAAGACAAUGCUAAAAGCAAUGAGUCAUACAACUGCAAGAAGUAGACCAUCAACCCGUGGCUCAACAUGUACGGUUGAGUAAUGCAACAAGCCCCCGGUAUGCUUGGAUCUAGUUAGGGAAGUGAAACAAAAAAACACACACAUCGUUUAGUUCCAAAGGAGAAACCAGUGCGAGCGGUCGGUAGCACUGUUGCCGGUGUGUCAUCGCGUUGUCAUCGCGUGCAAUUGUGCUGCGGGAACCGCCGUGGACGCAUUCCUUCAGCAUAACGCUAGUUCCGGUGCACUGUGCGCGCACAUCGCGGUGUGUUUCUUCUGUGCUUCGAUACCAUUGUCGCUAAUCCCGGGGGGCUGUGGCACGCGUCCGGUCGGAGAAUCUUUUGCGACAGUGUGCGUGUGUGUGUGUGCAGUGUUGUUGCAACAGGCCAUUUUGGUUGGGAAUUGUUUUGUGAAAUGUGACAGGUGAUUGUGAAACUGCAUCAAACCGUCAGGCAGCAGUUAAAAGGGCAAUAGUAUUGAGAGAAAAAAAGGGCUUUACAAGUACAGUCGAGUGCGCGUGUGGCCGUUUGCUCAUCAAAACAAAGUUCCCCGGUUGGGGGUCCUCCAUCCAACAUUCUUCGUCGGUGUCACGCCAUUGUUCCCGUGCCUGAAUCGUAAUGGAUACGUACGUCAAAAAUCUGCUCAACGGUUGGAACAUGCCGGAACUGAUAAAAGUGUUUCAAGAGGAGGAAAUCGAUGAAGCUGCCUUCAAGUGCCUCAAGUACGAUAUGAUCAAGGAGAUAAUACCACGCAUUGGCAAGCGGGCCAAGUUCCUGCAGCGGUACGAGGAGUACAAGGAGAACCUAACGGAACGGCCCGCCUUUGCCGAGCUGCAGCUGGACGAUAAGGACCGUUUCCCGCCAGCUUCGCCCCAAAAACCGUCCCGCAUCGACUGGGGACGAAUAGAGAAGGUGUGCGGCCCAGUACCGAUCUACCUAAAGAAUCUGCUCAAGAUGUGCGGUUACGAGGCGGAAAGCAGCCUGCGCAACCUGAACGACGACGACUUCAUCGACAUGGAACGGUUCGCCCGGGAAGAGCUGAUCCAUCUCGUCCCGGCGACGCAGUUCUACUUUCACAUCUUCUGCAGCGAUCCGGCCCGCGAAUUUCGACUCGUCCCAGGCCACCGCAAGCUGCUGCUGCAGAUCAGUGCCUACCUGAACUACACCAAGGUGGCUAGUGAAAUUCAACGUCCCGAACCGGCCCUCCGCAUACCCGCCGAACUAACGAUUCAGCGGGAACGCGAACACCGACUUCUUCUCGCUCAGCAACAGCAGCAACAACAGCAACAGAAGGAACACCACCACCAGCAGCAGCAGCAGAAAGCAGAGCAGCACAAAGAGCACCAGCAGCAGCAGCAGCUCCUGCAGCAACAGCAGCAACUGCUGCAAGAGGUGGUACGCAUGCACCAGCAGCCGAUGUCCGACAUGCAGGAGCAGAUGCUGACGGAGCUGAAAAUUUCGCACAAAAACUCGCCGCUCGCGUUCGAGCAGGCGACCGUGUUCCCGCCGCUCAGCGACGAGGAGCGCAUCAAGAAGAUCCAGGGCUGCAUCGUGAAGCUGAUCGACAUGUGGAGCGAAAAGCAACCGAUCAAGCUGCAGAUCGCGGAGGAAAUGAUCAACGUGACGUACGAGAGCAACGGCUACAACGCAUUCAUCAAGUGCCCGAUGUGUGCGGUACAGAUCAAGGUGUCGAAGCUGCCGACGAAGAAGGGCGAUCGGUUUGUGAUCUCCAACUUCUCGAAGCACAUCAUCAAGAUGCAUUUUUCUCAGCUUAGCGAGGGUGCGGGCGGUGGUGGUGGCGGUGGCGGUGUAGGCGGUGGUGGUAUCGGUGGCGGUGGACACGGUGGGUCGGUCGGGUCCGAGCGACACCUGAGCAUGGACAAUGUGUCCUCGUACUAUGGGGGGGAAAACUCGGACAGCAACACCUACCCGUACGAUGACUAUGGGUCGGGCAAGCGGGCCAAGCUGGAGGAGGACGAGGACGAGCUGGACCCAUUACCGCCCCACCUGCUCCACCCGUACGUCAGCAUUAAGGACGAAAUCAUCGAUCUGGAUGCGUAGCGGGUGAGGGCCGUUUGUGAGCCGCGCCCAAGCGUGUGCCGAAAGCAAACGAAACGUGCGGUGGUGGCGAUGCCGAUGCACGGAUAACGAUACGAAGAAUAGCUAAUAGAAGAAGAAACCAAUCGCGCCAAUUUUUCCAUUCCUCAAUCAAACCAAAUAGCCUCUCUUAGCUUGUUGACUCUCAUAGAUUUACGACCGCCGGUCGCGUUAGGGUGUAAGGUUAGGCUGUUACAUUUUAAACUGCGCGCCACUGCGGGAAGGAUCCUGCGCGGAAAGGUGUUUUAUUUACUAGCAAUUAUUUUUACGCAACACGCUGCGAACCGUGCGGAUAGAACCACGUGGCAUGAGAAAAGACUUAAUUUUUUGGAACUGAACUUGCGGUCUGACUUCGCGCAGAUACCCGUUUUUGACGGGAGCAACGUAGCAAACGUAGAUAGGUUGAUAGCGAAAAGAAAAUGGUGUACAUAAGGAGUAUAAGUAAAUGAUGCUAGUAAAUGGCAAUGUUGCUGCAAAUAAAUGGCAAAUGUGUACGUUCUG